AUGUACAAGUUUGUUGCUAAACCAAAGAGGCUUCGAAUGGAUAUCUCUGAGUGGAGCAAAACCUCUUUUGGAAACAUUGGUCCUCAAAUAACGAAUAUAAGGGUUAGACUAAUUGAGUUGCAGGAAAUUAUUGAUAUUAGUCCAGGAGACCCGACUACUGCUUUGGAGGAAGCUCAACUCACAUCCCAACUUUCGAUCCUUUUGGCUCGGGAAGAAAGUAAAGUUAAAGAGACGAGUCUGGAGGGCCAUUACAAGCUCGAAGGGCCGAAGAGUCUGAAAUACCAGGUGGAGCUAGAAGACUUUGAGGACAUGAUAGUUUUCGCUCUAACAAUUGGUACUAGAGAAAUCGACUCUUUCGAAGAUGCCCUAAGUGAUAAACAAAAUGAUAAAUGGAUGACAGUCAUGAUAGAGGAGAUGGAGUCUCUGAAAAAAAAACAAGACUUGAGAGUUUGUCAAGAGGCCCAAGGGAAGGAAAGUGAUUGGGUGCAAGCUAUUACUGCUUUAGCAGCCAUGUUUGAUUUGGAGCUAGAACAACUUGAUAUGAAGACAACGUUUCUUCAUGGUGAUCUAGAGGAACAAAUCUUUAUGGAGAAAUCUGAAGGCUUCAGGGUACAUGAAAAGGAUGAUCACUUUAUGAAUGCAUAUGACAUAACAUCUCUCAAGUUUAUGUUCAGUUAUGAGUUUGAUAUGAAGGAUCUAAGGGCUGCUAAUAGGAUCUUUAAUACGGAGAUUCAUAGAGAUAGAAGUGCAAGUAAACUCUGGGUAACUCAGAAAAGGAUAUCUGAGCGGGACGUCAGAUCUCGAAAUUAUAUUCAACAGGAAGAGAAGGUCUACAUAACUGGUGGACUUAUUUUAUGGAAGGCAUUGUUUCAACCCACAAUUGCAUUGUCUACGACAGAGGGAGAGUACAUGGCAGCAAUAGAGGCUGCAAAGGAGGCGAUCUGGCCGAUUGGUUUGGCUCAUGAGUUGGGAGUUGAGCAAGAAGGUACUGUGCAGCAUUGUGAUAGUCAAAGUGUCAUAAAUCUUGCAAAGAAUCAAGUGUUUCAUACAAGGACAAAACACAUUGAUAUGAGAUAUCACAAUAUCAUAGAGCUUGUAUCAGAAGGAAUCAUUCACUUGAAAAAAUUUCAUACGAAUGACAACCCUACAUAUAUACUUAAAAAGCCGGUCACUACGAAGAAGUUCAAGCUUUGCUUGGACUUGCUUAAUGUUACUCAUUGUUGUGAGUGUGGGACGCACCCCCUGGAAGAUGGGGUGCAGUCGCGUACUUUUAUGGAGGAUAUGAGGAUGAAGACAUCUUCAGGUUAUCUUCAGGGUGGCUCUACAAAAUUCAAGUCAAGGUGGAUAUUGUUGAGGAUUCAUGUCUUGUAUUUUAAGGAAAAAUAUCUGCCAAAGGUGGAGUCAAAGAGAUGA